GUAAUAUGGUUUCAGGGUCGUAACAUAUAUAGUGUAAAAUCAAUAAUAUACAUAUAUACAGAAAGCUGGCAGUGGUGGCAGCAGCAAUGCGCUACGCCGAGAGGAUUUAGUCAACUCGUGGCACCAUAGAAAGAUAGAGAGACAAUUACACUUCGUUGAUAUCGAAAUCGAAUUUUACAAAAUAAUUAUAAACAGUUUCUUAAUUAAAUUCGCUUGAAAUAGUGAUUGUAAAGUUCAGUUUUUCAUGUUAGUCUUCGAAUCGCGUAAAACUCUCGACACGAAACUCACGUUGCUUUUAGAGUAAAGAUAAUCCAAUAAUAAUAAAUAUAAAGCGGAAAUUAUUAAACUAAAAGUAUAAUUAGAAUUUUCGAGUUUAAAUCGAAAUAAACACCUCAAAAGCUGCGUUCGACUCGAUCUCUGACCGAUACCCAUGACGGAAGUGGUGCAUUGCAUUAAGCACUAUAAUGGGGGAAAUGGCCACAGUUGUGGGAAGAAUGUUUCCCAUGCUUAUCCACGAUGAUACGGCAACCCGAACGCGCUUCCCAGCACCGUGACGUAAAUUCGCCGACAACCCAAAGCAAUAGCGUUGCUUUUAACCUUGGGGAAAUUUUUGUUAAGUUUGUGCGAAACAUAAAACACCGUCACUGUUUGUUUCUUGAAAGUAACUUCGAGAAUUCGAGUACCUAAUCCAGACGUAACGCACACGUGUUCUACGACACAGAUACUACGGUACUCUCCGCUUUUUUUCAAAUAUAGUCAUCUGCGUUAACAAAAGUUAAGAAAUACUUAAAGAAUCAUGGCUAAGAAAUCUGAGGACGCGAAGGAAUGGAGCACCGCCAGACUGGGGAUUUCCCUUCUUUUAAAUAACAAAACUGAGGAGGCCGAAGCUCUAUUUACUGGACACCCGCAUAGCUUUCACAUAAAAGCCGGUCGCUGCUUCGUUUUAUUUAUGAACGCUUUGAUGACAUUCGAAGAUGACAAACUCCAGCAAGCUAUUCUGCUUCUGAAGGAUAUGGAGAGGGAAUGCGCGAGCGACAUAGGAUGGCUGAAGUCCAUGAAGAGUAGAGUCUUCAGGGCGGACGAAACAGGCAAAGACUAUGUCGAUAGACUGGAAAGACAAAUAGUGCUGGCGGACUCGCAGGUGUGCUCGGCGAUAUUAACGUUACUACAACAAGAACUCACUGGCUACGUGCGCGGUGGUUGGAUGUUACGUAAAGCCUGGCGAGUUUAUCAACACGCGCACACGCAAAUCUCCCAGUUGUAUCAGCGCACAUUUGGUGCUAAUUCAUCUGGUACGAAACUGCUGCAAUUCUACACAAGAUGCAGCACUCCCACGCGCAACGGUUCUUCCUACUCCCUGCAAAGUCCACAGAGUCCAGGUUCUUCGGAAUGGUCUAUACCGUCUUGCAACGGUUCAACCAGCAACUUGACGCCAUUCACGUCCCCAUCAGGUCUGCGAAGCUCACUAUCAAUGUUCUUCUCGCUCACUGGCAUCACGUCCGAACAACAGACACCGUUUGUGGAACCUACCGAGGUCUCCCGACUGAUGUCUGCGGUUAGCUUCGGCUAUGGAAUUUACCAACUGUGUGUCAGUUUACUGCCGCCUUCUCUUUUGAAAGUGAUUCACUUUUUGGGGUUCGAGGGCGAUAGAGAAGCUGGUCUAGCUGCGCUGAUGAACGCACGUCUCAGCGAAGAUAUGCGUGCUCCUCUUGCCACUCUAUCUUUGCUUUGGUAUCACACAAUUGUGCGUCCAUUUUUCGCUCUCGAUGGAAGCAACUUGCGAGCCGGUGUAAACACUGCAAAACAGCUGAUUGCUGAAUGUAGCCCGGAGUUCAACAAUUCCGCCCUCUUCCUCUUCUUCACCGGUCGAAUAGAGAGGCUCGAGUCGAACGUGAAUGGUGCACUCGAAGCGUAUGGAAGAGCUGUCGAAGCUUCGAAUCAAAGGGAGAUAAAGUUGUUGUGUCUGCACGAAGUUGCUUGGUGUCACCUCAUUCGCCUCAGUUACGAAGAGGCUUACCGAUCUUUGACGCAACUGCGACAGCAGUCUAGAUGGUCGAAGAGCUUCUAUGCUUAUUUAGGAACCGUUUGUUACGGAGCGAUCGGCAAGUUCGACAUCCUGGCUACGAUUUAUCGAAAGAUUCUUCAUUUCGCCAACGGAAUGAAUAGAGAGACGCAACUCGGGGCGUUCAUCUUGCGACGGGCACCUAAACUGGUCGACCAAGAAACUGGACAGCCUUAUACUGUUCUGUACUACAGAUUGCUGGUGUACGAACUACUCUAUUUAUGGAACGCGAUGCCGUCCUGUUCGCCAGAGUCACUCCGAGGAAUACUUCUAGGUAAUAAAAUGAGUGUCUAUUUCGGUCCUUCAAAAGAUCAAAGCUGUGAUUAUGAGGACGAUCCGAUGAGCGUUCGACAAACUCACUGCUGCGCUAAUGGAGGAACCUGUCCAGCCGCUAUAUUGAAUUCCUCUCGUCAAUCUCCUUGGUACUGUAAACUCAUCAAACCAUUUGUAUUUUGCGUCAUUACAUCGUUGUUAGCCAUGUCCGUGUCUCACUUGUGCGACAAAUACUCAGCCAGCAAGACCUUCAAAAUAAUCAGGUCCGACUUGGUGAAUCUUCGUGUGCACUUGAAUACACUUUCGAUGGAGGUAAAGAACGUAAUGGAGACGCGAGACGAUUUAAAGAGUAAGUUGAAAGAAGUUGGACACGUGAUUCCAAAAAUGUCCGAGGCCAUUCUCUAUUUAAGAAACGAAGUGUCCGAGGGAAUGGAUACGCACACGAGGGCGUUAUUAAAGGCUAUGUCUCCAGAGAGCGUGAAAAAUUUGGUGAGGAGUGAAUUGCAAACAUACGACGCCGACAAAACUGGAAUGACUGAUUACGCUCUCGGAAGUUCAGGCGGCGCAAUCCUCUCCACGAGGGACACGGAAACGUAUUCGGCUGGAGCACCAGUACUGAAACUGUUUGGUAUUCCCCUUUGCCAACAGCAAAACACGCCUCAAGCUAUAAUUCAGACUGGUGUUCUUCCUGGCGAAUGCUGGGCCUUCAAAGGCAGCAGUGGCAGCGUCGUCAUACAGUUACUUGGUUCUGUGUAUGUUUCCGGCAUCAGUCUCGAACACAUUCCAGAAACGAUAUCACCUACGGGAGAAACAAGCACUGCUCCCAAAGACUUUUCCAUUUGGGGAUUGGAGUGCUUGGAAGAUACCAACCCCUUCUUCUUUGGUAAUUUUACUUACGACAAUACUGGCCUUCCUCUACAAUACUUCGAUGUUCAGAAGAAACCAAAGAAUCCAUACAAAAUAGUCGAAUUAAAGGUUCACUCCAAUAGUGGUAACAACGAAUACACCUGCAUCUAUCGAAUACGGAUCCACGGGCGACUGUGUCGAAGCAAUAGAUAAUUCUAUCUUAAUUAUUUAAAAUAAUCAUUUAACAUCUUAAAUAUCUAACUAGCUAAUCGAGAACAAAAAUUUCGGCAAAACUGUUGCGACCAAAGGGACUGGCUUCAUGGAGAAUUUGAAGAUCGCUCGUCGACGUAGUGUAAUUAAUUAAUAUUAUUUUAUGUAUACUUAUACGUAUAGU